AUGAGGAUAGUGAAGAAGAAGCAAAAAUCAAUACAAAAAAAAGAAGAAGGAAGUACUAAAGAAAAUACAGAUGAUAUAGAUGGAGUAGUUAAUAAAUUAAAUAAUAAUGAAAAUGAAGAAGAAGGAACAAAUCUAAAAGAACAAAAUAUUACAGGUGAAAAUACUGAAGAAAAAAAAGAUAGAGAAGUUAUAAAAGAAAAAACUCCUGAUGCUGUUAAAGUUGAAAUUAGUAAUGAAAAAACUGCUAAUGAAAAUACCAAUAAAUUCAAAAAAAUUACAAGUUGGUUACGUAAAUCUGUGAACGAGCACUUUUUCUUGAUAUGGUAUGUAAUAAUGCCUAUUAUUAUUUUAAUUAUUGUAGUUUUUGUGGCACUUAUAAUAGCAAUCCCAGACAUAAAAACUAGCAAAGAAAAGUAUUUUUAUUCAUUUAUUGGUUUACUAGGUUUAUCAUAUUUAGUUAUUGGAUCUUUAGUAUUAUUUGUGUUGUUAUUUUUCAAAAUAAUGUAUGAUUUAAUAACUCAAAUUAUAAAAAUCAGAAAUGAACAAAUAAACACAAAAAGCCAAUGGAUGUUACUAUUUGAAUUGGUAUCUCCUUGUCUUUCAAAGUUGGUUAAAAAAUUUUGGUUAUGGUGUAAACCAUAUGAAAAAGAUCACAAAUGGAUUUCAUGGGGUUUACGGAUUAUACAUUGGGUUACUAUUGCUUUGUCAUUUGUGGUAUUAAUUUUAUUUAUUGUUUCUUUAGGAUUUAUGACUAAAGAUGCAAAAAAUAUGAUUGGAUAUUGGAUUUUAUUUGUUGUUUCAAGUGUUUUUAUUGGGUUAAUUUAUGUUAUAAAAGAAUUAAGAGAAUGUAUAGAAAAUGCAGAGAAAAAACAUACUUCUAAUAAUACUUCUGUUAAUGACACCAAUACUCCUACAAAUAAACGUACAGAUAAUGAUACUUCUUCAAAAACAAAACAAAAAAAAUCUAAAAAAAAAAUAGAUGGUUUGUUUGGAUUUGAUUUUGAAUAUUCCACUCUACUCCUUAUUAUUCUAAUUUUCAUUGUAUGUUUAAGUCUUCCCAUUGUCAAAAUUAUUCGUGUUAUUUGCAAAGAAAAAAGUCCAGAUACUGAGACUCCUUCAAUAAUUAAUGAAAGUAGUCAAAAAUAUUAUUACUUUGCAAAUGAAAUGGAUUAUUCCUAUAAUGACUUUGAUUAUGCAAAUUCUUAUAUUACAAAGAGCAGUCAAUCUCCAUUAACUGAUAUUGUUCGUACUCAUUCUCAUUUAUGUUCUGUUGAUUCUUAUGGUAUUACUCCAAUAGAAUAUGCUUACUUUUGUAUAAUGGCAAAAUCCAAUGUUACUAAUUUAGAAGGUUGUGAAACAAAUAGUCAAGACCCUUCAUCAUCUAAGCCAUCAUGUUGUUCAAAAUCAAAAAAUAAAUUGUCUGAAUCUGAAAAAAAACUAGAAGAACAAAGACUUGUCAAAUGUAACCUUGAAAAAAAAGGAUGGAAAAUUAAAAUCUGUGAGAAAAACGAGUUACAUUAUGUAAUAACAAAUAAAAAAAUUAAUGAAAUACCUAUUAAAGUAAUAACUUUUAGAGGAUCACAAUCAUUUUCUGACUUUGUUUAUGAUAUUCAAUUAUUUUCAGAGUCUAUAUUUCCAAGUUUAUCCACUCCUUUCUUUCCUUUCUUUACCAAAAAAACUCUUAUAAAGAUAAGUAAAUUUUUAUCUUAUUUCGGUACAAAGGCAUUACCAGGAAGUGACCAAUUUCUUCUUGGCUUUGCAAAAGAAGUUGUCAUGGAAGAAUUGAAAGACAAAAAUAAUCCUAAUGUUGUCCUUGCUGGGCAUUCUCUUGGAGGUGGAAUGGCAAAUAUUCUUGGAGGUGAGUUGGGGUUAAUGAGUUUUGGGAUAUCUCCUCCUGGUACUUAUUUAGCUUCAAAAAACUUUGGAACAAAGAAAAAAGAUAUUCCAGUAGUUGCAAGAGCCAUUGUUCCCGAAAAAGAUCCAAUUGCUGCAUUGGGAGAAGAUGGUGGAUUACAAAUGUCAAUUCCUUGUGAUAAACAUCUUUUUUCUUGUCAUUCUAUUAAAACAUCUCUCUGUAUGAUUGGGAAGUUGUGUAGUGACAAUGAAACGAAAGACAUUUGUUCUGAAAACUGA